AUGAUGGGCAGCAAGAUGGCGUCUGCCAGCAGGGUCGUUCAGGUAGUCAAGCCACAUACUCCAUUAAUAAGGUUCCCUGACAGAAGAGACAAUCCUAAACCCAAUGUAUCAGAAGUUUUGAGAUCAGCAAGACUACCAUCUCACUCUUCUUCAAUUUCACAGCAUUCUAAGGGAAGUAAAUCACCAGAUUUGCUGAUGCAUCAGGGUCCACCAGACACUGCAGAAAUUAUAAAAACAUUACCUCAGAAAUACAGAAGGAAGCUUGUGUCUCAAGAAGAAAUUGAAUAUAUCCAACGUGGAGGUCCAGAGUAAUCACUGACAAUGUGGCUGCUGUUUGUCAUCAGACAAAAGAAUAGUCUUUACAAUAAAGGACUUCCAAACUGGCACAUGAGAAAUUAUACAUUAAACAACUUGAAUAAAUACUCUUAAAAAAAAAA